GGAUACCUCAUGUGACAAGCCCAGUAUCUUUUUAAAGUCAGUGUGACUAAAGACCCUCUGCUGCCUUCAAACCUUUGGAGAGGGCUCGCCUUCCCGCAUUCAUAGUAUGGGAGUACCUGCCGGUUCUAUGAUCAAAUGGCUGGUUUGCAUGCUCCUGGCGUGCUCCUGUGCAGAGGCACAGGUACAUAAAGAUCCCACUCUGGACCAUCACUGGAAUCUUUGGAAGAAAACCUAUGGCAAACAAUACAAGGAAAAAAACGAGGAAGUAGCAAGGCGUCUUAUCUGGGAAAAGAAUCUAAAAUUUGUGAUGCUUCACAAUCUGGAACACUCAAUGGGAAUGCAUUCAUAUGAUCUAGGCAUGAACCAUCUGGGAGACAUGACCAGUGAAGAAGUGAUAUCUUUGAUGAGUUCCCUGAGAGUUCCCAGCCAAUGGCAGAGAAAUAUCACUUACAAGUCAAACUCUAAUCAGAAAUUGCCUGAUUCUGUGGACUGGAGAGAGAAGGGGUGUGUUACUGAAGUGAAAUACCAGGGUGCUUGUGGUGCUUGUUGGGCUUUCAGCGCUGUGGGGGCCCUGGAAGCACAGCUGAAGCUGAAAACAGGAAAGCUGGUAUCCCUGAGUGCACAGAACCUGGUAGAUUGCUCAACUGAAAAAUACAGGAAUGAAGGCUGCCAUGGUGGCUUCAUGACAGAGGCUUUCCAGUAUAUUAUUGAUAACAAGGGCAUCGAUUCAGAAGCUUCCUAUCCCUACAAAGCUAUGGAUGGAAAGUGCAGGUAUGACUCAAGAAAUCGAGCUGCCACAUGUUCAAAGUAUACUGAACUUCCCUUUGGCAGCGAAGAUGCCUUGAAGGAAGCUGUGGCCAAUAAAGGACCUGUGUCUGUUGCUAUUGAUGCAAGACACUCUUCUUUCUUCCUGUACAGAAGUGGUGUCUACUAUGACCCAUCCUGUACUCAGAAUGUGAAUCAUGGUGUAUUAGUGGUUGGCUAUGGUAACCUUAAUGGGAAAGACUACUGGCUUGUGAAAAACAGCUGGGGCCUCAACUUUGGUGAACAAGGAUAUAUUCGGAUGGCAAGAAACAGUGGAAAUCACUGUGGGAUUGCUAGUUAUCCCUCUUACCCAGAAAUCUAGAGGAUCUCUUCAUUUUAUAACAAGUCCAAAAAAAUGAAACACUUUCUCUUAAUUUUACCUGCUAUAACCUGUAGAAAUAAAUAUGUUGUGGCCAGUGUAUAUUUACUGUACUAAUAGAAUAUAUUUUGACUCUUCUAUUUUUUUUAGCUUUGCAGAUAUUGGAAAAAUUUUGCUACAUAAAUUAAUAAUGCACUAUAGAUAUACCUGUAUGAGAAUUGGUCAACUGAAGAAAUCUGUCAUGCUUGUUUUGUCACUCUUAUUUUACAUGCUUUGUCUUUUUAAGUUCCCGGAUACCCUUUUGUAAUAUGAUGGCAUAUAAAUGCUUAAUAAAUAUCUCUUUUCAACUUUGUAUCAUUACC